AUUGAGGUCUACAUUAAUAUGAUUGAAGCUGUUGACGGAGAAAGCGGAGAGGUACCAGAGAAGCAUGAGACUGUGGAUAUGAACGGUCUUAAGGUUCUUGCUUCUCAGGUAACUCUGGUGAGGAAGAUAUUCGCAGAGCAUCCAGACAUUGCACUAGGUUUCAAAUCAAAGAACCAAGUGCUGAAGACAGCAUACAUGAAU